UUCUUCCAGUUUGAGAAUGACUUCAUUCGCUUCCAGUCUUCAAACGAGCACCGUGAAAAAACAGUGCUUAGUCCCCACGCAGUUCAAAGAACGCCUUGUUAUUUCUGCUAUCGACCACCUUUACAAGAGGAUGUUUCGACGAAUUUCUUCACAAAAUAGUUUUGUAACUCCUUGCCGGACUUUCAUUAAGAGGUAUUACAAGAAGAAAUCAUGGAAGAUGCAAAGAAAAAAGGCAUCAUCUUUGGAGAACUUCCAAACCUUUUAUUCAGAGCAAUUUCGUGAAGACUGGCCAUUAAUUUUUGAGUCACUGAAGUUACCAACCCAGCAUUGUGCGGUAGUAAACAAGUUUUCUGCCCAUAAGGAAGCUCACGAAAAGCUCUCUUCAGUGGCAGCAAAGCUUCAUUACAUAUCAUCUUUUAACAAAACACCUAUACUUGAAGAUAGCCAAAAUCAGUUCCAGUUGCCUUGUUACUUUCCAAGUUCAGAAAAUGUUGGAUUUCCAAAACAAGGAGAAACAAAUAACAGAUAUUUUGAUUAUUAUCUUCUGGAUGCUUCCUCUCUCCUGCCUGUCUUAGCUCUUGACGUUUUUCCUAAGAGCACAGUACUAGACAUGUGUGCUGCUCCUGGAGGUAAAAGUGUCCUCAUAUCACAGUUCCUGUCAACCAAAGGUUGUCUUGUUGCUAGUGAAGUUGCAAACCACAGAAGGGCAAAUCUCAUUAAGGUAAUUAAAGACUAUAUACCAAAGAUUUCCAAAACCAAGGACUUGGUGCAAGUUAGAAACCUGACUGGCUUCAAAUAUGGCAAAUAUGAACCAUGCACUUAUGACAGAGUCCUUCUUGAUGUACCAUGUUCAUCUGAAAGGCACAACUUACAAACAAACUUUGAAUUCAGCUUCUGGUCAGUUGAACACUCCAAGGCAAAUGCCAAUGUGCAGAAGAAACUGCUCAUGUCUGCAUUACAAACACUUAUUCCUGGUGGAAUAGUGGUUUAUUCUACUUGUUCAAUGUCACCAUUAGAAAAUGACGGAGUUGUAGAUGAGGUUUUGUCAAAAUGUUCUGAGAACAGUCAGCUCAACGUUGAAGUAGUGAAUUCACAGUUUACAAAUCAUGUGUUGGCAGAAAUGUUCAAUUACAGAACGACGAAGAACGGUGUUCUGGUACUACCUUCAAAGGCAAAGAACUGGGGCCCAAUGUAUUUUUGUAAGCUGCAACGGGUUGGUUUGGAAUCUGAAUAUGAUUUAUAGUUCAAAGUCUAAGUUCCACAGUAGUUCUUCUUCUGUAGCAUUUUAGUUGUCUUCUGAAUCUUUUUAUAAGUAAUAAAUUUCUCCUUGAAAGUUCAAAAAACUUGUACCCUAAACUAAUUUGCACUGGACAGAGUCCAGUUUAACUCCUCAUUUUAUUGCUGGUUAAUUUGCAUUAAUUUCAGUUAGAAUUCUGCUAUUUAAACAAUUAGAUUAUUCGCUCAUGAUUUCUAUGAGGUGAUUGUUGAUGAGGCCUUCAUCCACAUAGAAAUCUCGAACUCAUAAUCCAGUUGUUAAAUAGAAUGACAGCUUUGAGCGUGCACAGUCUUAUAGGAUGUUGACUAAGAAAUAGGCCCUUUGCAGCUGGGCCAUCACGUGAUUUACUUUUCAUUAAAUUAUGGGCUGUAACUUUAAGAAUGCCAGAAAUGGAAAAAAGCUAGUUGGAAAUAUCAAAAUGGUUAACUUUGAGGCUUAAAGAAUGGGAUUUUAUAUUAUGGCUUGAAUUUUUAAAAAUUAAAGAGACUUGCAAGGAAAAAGUUGCUGGGGAACAAGACCUUUCUCUCCAGCAAUAUUUUCCAUAGAAAUUCUCUUCAUUUUCUGAAAAUUCCCUGUCGUGUAAAAAGUAGUCACUGUGGUAUUUCGGUCUCACGAGAUUGCUCCAAAAACUUCCGAAAAGUCGCGUACUAUCUUGCUUGCACAACCGAUGACUAAGUAACCACAGAAACCGCACCAAAACAAUUAAUGUAAAACCCAACAUUCUGACUACACUAAGACCGGAGACGUUCAAUGUAAAUAGUUUAUUGAGGAUGCGUCAGUCAGUCAUCUGAUGUAGAUGUAUUCCGUCUUGUAAGAUAGUCUGUAUCCUUGGAAAUCACAACUAUCGGUUCUAAAAAUUAUCGGUGGAACUUAUGCUACGCCAGUAACGAAAACCCAAUAAAAAAAAACACCCUUUAGGCACUUUAGAUGUGGCCAAACAAUACGUGGAAACGUAUUCCUCGUCUAAUGCAGUAGCACGAGACCCCGAGGAAAGAGUACAAACUCAAUAGUCUAGAAUUUUACAAUUAUACAUACAGGCUGUUAUAACAAAAGCUUAAUAAAAGAAGAGGACGAACACAAAGACUGACUAACCUAGAUUAGUAUCACCCAACUAGUGGACUAAUGCAAAUCCUGCAUUUUAAUUGGCUACGCUACCAGAGGAC